AUGGUACAUUUAUUGCAAAAAAAAAAAAGACGAAAUACUGUGACAACUGAUAAUAAUUCAUUGGAAGUAUUAUGCAAAUUGAUUGAAAGCCCGCAUAUAUCAUUGAGAGUUGUAGCAAAAGAUUUAAAUUUAUCAUAUUCUGCUGUUCAAAAAAUUUCUAAAAUGUAUAAAUAUCAUGCUUACUUAUCGACUCGUGUUCAGCAACUCCAGCCAACAGAUUGUGAACGUCGUAUUACUUUUGUUGCUCAUAUGAUGGUUCAGCUAGAAGAUGAUCCCACUAUUUUGGAAAAAAUUUUAUGGACUGAUGAGGUGAACUCACCGGUAAGAAACAUUACAGAAGUAAAUAAGUCUGCAGGUACCACAAAUUCUUUAGAAAGUUUUAGUGAGGCAUCAAAUUCACAAUCACAGCAAGAUGAUUUUAUUUGUGAAAAUAAUCAAACGCUCAACAAUGCUAAUGACAUAGGUUAUUUUGUAGAAUGCCUAUCUUUAACAGAUGCUGAUAAAAAGCUUGUGCUAACUAAUCUAUGGGUAUCAGAUGUUAAAUAUAAAUUCCCAUUGCUUGCAAAAAAUGAAAAACGUGGCUUAAGAUUUCAGCAUAAAUUGUUAAAAGAAUUUAAUUGGCUGGCAUAUUCAAAUGUUAAAAAUGGGACAUUCUGUAAAUACUGUGUAUUGUUUGCUAAAAAUGGUGGUAUUGGAAGCCAGCCUUUGGGUAGCCUUGUUACUGUUGCUUUCAGCAACUGGAAGAAGGCAAAAGAGACUUUUCGGGCUCAUGGAAGUUUGAAAUAUCAUACAUUGUCUGUUCUAGACUCUGAGCACUUUUUAAAAGUAAUAGAAAAAAAGGAACUGUCUAUAAUAGAACGCAUAGACAAUAAUAGAAUGGUACAAAUUGAAGAAAAUAGAAGGAGAAUAAGACCAAUUAUUGAGUGUAUAAUUCUAUGUGGUAAAGAAGAGUUGGCUUUGAGAGGACUUAGAGAUUUUGGUGAUAUCUUAGUAGAUGUAAGGAAACUAGUUAAUGUGAUUAAUAAAUCUAAAUGUUUCUCUGUUUUGGCUGAUGAAACAACCGACAUCUCGACUAAAGAGCAACUCAGUGUAUGUGUUCGAUAUAUUGAUGAAAACAAUAAGUUGCAAGAGAACUUUUUACAGUUUUUUGAAAUUGAUAGCUUGACUGGUAAUGACUUGGCUAAUUCAAUAUUAAAUGGCUUAAACAGAUGUGGACUUGAUUGCAAUUAUUUAUAUGGCCAAGGCUAUGAUGGGGCCAGUAAUAUGGCUGGUCGAUUUAAAGGAGUACAGACUAUUGUGAGAUCUAAAUACCCCAACGUCAUAUAUGUACAUUGUGCAGCACAUUCGCUGAAUUUAGCUGUUUCAACGGCUAGUGGUAUAAAACCAAUCAGAAAUUGUUUUGGGGUGAUCGAAAAAGUUUAUAAUUUUUUCAAUACCCCUAAAAGAAAUUCUGUUCUUUUAAAUACCAUUGAGAAUUCAAAUAAUGCACCUCAAGUAAAACAACUCAAACGGCUUUGUGCUACUCGUUGGAUUCAACGUUAUGAUUCUGUAAAUUAUGUUUCUGAACUAUUUUCAUUUGUUCUCAAUGCAUUAGACAUUAUAUCUGAUUGGAAAGAAUCAACAGAUGCUGGAAUGCUUCAGAAAGCGUUAAAAGAUUCAGAAUUUUUGAUUUCCUUGAAUGUUAUAAAUGUUAUAAAGGUAUUAUUUUCUUAUGGACUUCCAUUGUGUAAACAAUUGCAAAAAGUUCAAAUUGRUUUGAAAAAGACAAUACGCAUAGUAGAAAAUGUAAUAGCUACUUUAAAAUGCAUCAGAGAAAAUAAUGAAAUAGAAUUCAAAAUUAUCUAUGAUAAUGUCAAAAAAAUGGCAGAUGAUGUUGAAAUUGAAUUGCUAGAGAAAAGAAUUUCUUUUAAACAAACACAUAGAGCUAAUCAAAAUUUACAAAACCAUUCUACCGAACAAUAUUAUUGUGUAACAGUAUUUUUACCAUAUAUUGAUUACUUUACAUCACAACUUACUGAGCGUUUUAUAAAUCAUAAAAGUAUUUUUGAAGGGUUCGAUUGCAUUUUUAAAACCCAGACAUUGCCACUGGAAAUAAAUGACCGAGAACAAUUUAAUAAGCUUGUGAACAUAUAUUCACCCGUUGUAGAUAAAUUCAAUAGCAUAGCCGAAUUCAACAUGUGGAAAACAAAACUAAUCACAGAUAAUAUCAUUCUUAGUUCAGGAUUACAGGCCUUAGAAAUUUGUGAUCAAGAAUUUUAUCCCAACAUUUAUAUGUUGAUAAAAAUAUUUUGUACACUUCCAGUGUCAACAACAACUCCUGAACGUUCAUUCUCUAAUCUAAAAAGAAUUAAAACUUAUCUCAGGAAUAGUAUGAAUGAAACUAGACUGAAUGGAUUGGCUCUAUUAGCAUGCCAUACAGAAACAAAGAUUACACCAGAUGAAGUCAUUGAAGAAUUGUGUCUGAAAAAUAGAAGACUGGAGUUGAUUUUGUAA